CAACAUUUUUCAUUCACCACCAACCUAAACUCAGUGAAUAAUUUAAAAGUGUCAGCACAACAAUUAAUAACAUAGAAUGAAAUAUGGUUGGUCUUGGUGUUGUGCUAGAAUCCCAGAAAAGUAGCAUUAACAACAACAACAAAACUCAUCAAAUAAUUAACAAAACCACCAUGAUGCUUAACACAAUCAACAACAAAACCUCUUCUCCAAUAUCAUAUCCUUCUUCCAAUCAUCAUUCUCAUUUUCAGGCAUCAAAUUUUCUUGAACAAUGCUUUUUAUGCAAGAAAAGACUCUUGCUUGGGAAAGAUAUCUACAUGUACAAAGGAGACAGAGCAUUUUGUAGUGUGGAUUGUAGGUGCAAGCAAAUUUUAACGGACGAGGAAGAGGCUAUUCAGAAACAGAAUUGUUCUUUGGAUGGUUUUGCUUGAUGAUAUAGUGAUUAAAGAAAGUUUUGAACAGUGACACUAGAAAUGGGAUGGGGGAUUUUUUUGGCGAUGACAUUCCAAUUUUACCCAUGCUUUUAUUUUUGUAAUGACCUCACGGCCCUUUGUCCUUUAUUUUGCUUCCUAGUAUGAAGCCAAAAUGUCAUUUCAGCUUUUAAUUUUUGUUGGGUCCAUCUCUUGUGUAAGAUGAUGAGGGGCUUUCUAUAUGGUGGUUGGUUCUUGCUAUGCUUUUAGGGUCAUCUCCUAUUGGCUAAAUCAUAGCAAAAUACUUGAAGUUUUAUUUAUUUAAUUUUUUUUAAGUUGUAGACGAUUGGAAUUGAGGGUAUCUAUGGCGUCAUUGUUUUGUCGAUAUUUUGUCCAUUUUUAUUAUUUAUAUUUCUGCCCUUGGUAA